AGUAAAAGAUUCCAAUGAGAUGUGUGUGUAUAUGUGUGUAAUAAAGCUUAUUACAUCUCAUAGAUAAACCUUUGCCAAAGGUUAAAAUAACAAUCGGCGAUACUCAUUUGAUAACCGAUCACACAUUUUAUGUACACAAGAAUUUGUGAGAAAAUACAAGAAGGAUCUGAUGAAGAGCUAUGUUUUCUCGGUUGAAUAUUGCUUGGAGUGUGCCAAAAGGACUCUGUUCUCUUCUACGUCAGUCAGUCUUGAAACAUUUACUUUACUAGAUAACAUUGGUUUUUACACUUUGACCGUAGACAUCUAUUUCAAGAAAGUAAACGAGGAUCUCUUUACAAACAUUCUGAAAUCUGUAGAGAAGAUGCUAUAUGACGCUAAAUUGGAUAAGGCUAAGAUUCAUGAUAUAGUUUUUGUUGAUAGAUUAACGAAGAUACGCUCUAAAGUUUCUACAAGUUUAAAGCUAAUCUCAUAUAUGUCAUCGCUUCGCUAACCGAGGCGUGUAUUUCAAAGACGUUCUACCGUUAAAAUAGCUCGCCGUUUAAUUAGGCAAAUUAACAUUUGUUGACUCAAUUUCCUGUGAUAAAAGCCAAGAUAAUGCUAAGUGUUUACGUUCGGUGACAAAACACAUUAAAAUGCGAUUCAAUUUCCCCGCGCCGCCAUCCACCUCGGCGCGGAGAAAAGUCGUAAUGGUGGCACACGUAGAGAAAACACGAGGGUUGUCCCCAAGUAUUUGUUACGGUAUUAAUGAACUAGAUGACAAAAUCAACAGACA